UGCAUUAUCACCUGCAUGGGCCGCAACUACAUCACGGUGCCCUACAUACUGCAGCGUCUGUGGGACGUGGACGAGAAGGUGCGCCGCCAUACGUACGUCAACAUGUGCAACUAUCCAGUGCGCGCCUACAGGGUGGCGCAGCGCCUGACCCUCCUGGAGAAAGGUCUGAACGACAGCUCGGCCAACGUUAAAAAGACGGUGGUAAACAUCAUGCUUAAGGCCUGGAUCGACUCCUACCAACAGAACUAUGUGGCUCUAAUAGCGGCCCUCAAGCUGGACUCCAGCGAGGGGAGCUGAUGCGUUUCCGGAGCGUGACCAAGCAAAUGUUGCGUGAAAUCUUUGAGCAGACCGACAAUCAGCAACUGAUGGCACA